AUAGAUUUUUUUUUUAUCCCUUUUAAUAUUUAAUCCUUUAUUUUCUUUAUUUAAAUGACCUUUUUGUCGUGAUCGAUUUAAAAAAGAUCAAAAUGUUUUUGAAUAUAAUAUAACUAUAAAUUUUCUCUGAUUAUGUUUUAUUAUUAGAGCGUCCAUUAAAAAGACUAGAUAAUGAAGUAACACGAAAUUUUUACAAUAUUACCAUUACUACGUUGACUUUAACGAAAAGUCUCGAUCAGAUCUACGUAAUGAUCUACGCACUAAUACUAUUCAAAAAAUUUUGUACUACAUCACUAGUCCGUUUCUUCUUUUUUUAAUUAAUUAUUAAUUAGAAUGUUUGAGAAAGAUUAAAAUAUUAUUUUUAGAUUUAUUAAACUCUUUAAUUUUGAGGAUUAGAUAUGAAGUGUAGUUUAAAACUUUUGGCUCUAGGAAUAGGGCUACUUUUAUCAGCUUUUUAUAGAAUUACUGAUGCUGCCGAUGCCUCAAAAUAUUUCGUGAGUUCUUUACCUGGUCUACCAGAUAAUUCAAAUUUGAAACUUCAUGCUGGACAUAUUACAAUUGAUGGAAAAACAAAUUCAAAUGUUUUUUUUUGGUUAAUUCAUAAUCGACAUAUUCCUAAUAUACCCAAAUUUGUCAUUUGGCUUAAUGGAGGUCCCGGGUGUUCAAGUAUGGACGGACUAUUUCUUGAGAAUGGACCUUGGAGAAUGAAUCAUGAUCAAACUUUAAGAUUAACUGAUGGAUCAUGGGAUGAAUAUGCCAAUGUAUUAUAUGUGGAUUUUCCCGUAGGAACAGGUUUUAGUUUUGCUAAUAGUAAUAGUUAUCCGAAAAAUAUGACAGAGAUAGUAUCACAUUUCCUAUUGUUUAUUGAUAACUUUUUUGACACCUUUCCUGAAUAUUCCAAGGACCAUUUGUAUAUAAGCGGGGAAAGCUUUGCUGGUACAUUUAUUCCAUAUAUGGCUUCUUCUAUUUUGAAGAGAAAUCAUGAAAGGAAAACCCCUGAUUAUAGAAAGUAUAAUUUAAAAGGUAUCGCUAUUGGUAAUGGUUGGAUCGAUCCAGUUUCGCAGUACAAUGCUUAUUACACUUUUUCAGUUGAAAAAGGAUUAUUAGAUGGAGAAGAUAAGGAUACGGCUGAAAAACAAUUGAAAAAAUGUAUGAAAGAACAGAAAAAGAAACCAACUAUACAUUUAGAUAUAUGCGAACAAAUUCUUCAAACUAUUCUAAAACAUUCCAUUCAAAAAGUUGGAGAAAAUGAGACAUGUAUAAAUCAAUAUGAUAUUAGAGAUCAUUCAGAUUCUUAUCCUUCUUGUGGGUCUAAAUGGCCUUAUGAACUUUCCGAUAUUACACAAUAUUUAAGAAGAGCUGAUGUUAUUGGAGCUAUUCAUGCAGAAAAUCAGCAACUUGGAUGGGUUGAAUGUAAUCAUGGAGUCGGAAGAGGUUUUGAUAAUGAUAAUAGUCCGCCUUCUGUUACCCUACUCCCCGCUUUGUUAAAACAAAUCAAUGUAUUGUUAUAUAGUGGAGAUCAGGAUUUAAUUUGCAACACAAACGGAACAAAUGAUAUGUUAGAGAAUUUAGAAUGGAACGGACAUAAAGGAUUCCAAAAUCUUACAACACUACCAUAUUUUGUAAAUCACACAAAAGCAGGAUACAUAUUAUCAGAAAGAAAUUUAACAUAUGUAGUGGUUUAUAAUUCGAGCCAUAUGGUACCUUAUGACAAACCAGUAGUUAGUAUGGAUAUGAUGUAUAGAUUUAUGGGAUUGAAUCAUCAUCUUGUUAGUAAAUGGCCUUCUAGUAUUGGAUUUGAGAAUUCUGAUGAUGAUAUAAGUACCGAUACAUCCUUUAAUGAAAAGAUUGAUAAAUACUAUAACGCUGGAACGUUUACGCUUGUAAUCGUUAUACUCGCAAUAGUUGGAUUGGGAGCAAUUAUAUGGCGUAAUAGAUCAAGAAGACGUAAUAGAAAUGCAAGUCAAGCUAUGAAAGCUGCUGUUGAAAGUCAAAUGGGUGAAAUGGAUGAAUUGGUGAUAGAAUCACCAUUAUUCCAAUCAGAUGAUGUAGAUCAUUUUGGAGAUAGUGAUCCAGAAGAUGAUAACCAUGGAUCAACAAGUAAUGCUAGCAGAAAUAAGAUCAGAGAACGAAAUCAAGGAAGUAGAUAUCAAGAUAGUGAAGAUAAUGAUAGAGAAGAAAGAAUGAGAUUAAGGUCUAGUGAUGAUAGAUAAUUAUUUCUAUCUUGCUUCUUUUUUUUUAAAAAAAAACUUAUUUAUCUAGAAAAAGCGAAUAUUUUAGUUUAAUAUAAAAUAACUUUUUUUAAGAAAAAAAAAAACAAUUUAAAAAAUAAUAUAUUUAUCAUAUCUUUGUAUUUUUUUUUAAAAAAAAAUUAAAAUAUUUUAACUAGUUAUCAAUUUAGACAUUAAUAAUUAUUGUAUUUUCGUGAAAAUAGACCCUUUAAGGAAUUUUAAUUUAAUGAAAAAAAAAAUUUGUUAAUAAUCAUGAUAUUUUGGUUUUGGCAUUUUGAGCGAACCUGUGAAAGCGUUCUUUGAUCUCGAUAAAAAUCUAUUAUCAAUUAAUACUUUUUAAAUGUAUUUAUAAAUAACUUCAAGAUUUUGAUCACGGAUUUGACCUCAAGCUCUUUUUAACCCUUUUAUUAUGAAUAGUCUUUUUUAAGAGCAAAGAAAUGUAUGAUCAAUUAUUUUAUCAAUCUUGACGGAAAAU